AGGUGAGUCACGUGAUUUGUUAGUUUUGGCCAUUAUUCAGGCAUACCACGAGGUGGUUCUUCAUUCCUUUACAGUCUCCUGUUAGUCUAAUCCUCCUCCUUCCUUGCAAGGCAAUGGCUUUUGCUGGUCAGUUGUUUGUUGGUCCUCUUCGCCGUUCAGUUUGGAGUCCUGCUCGGAGGUUACUUGUUACUACUCCAAUUAACGCCCUCUCCUGCACCCCAGCCACUCAUCAGCUAAAUGUGUGGAGCCCGGCAAUGUCCACUGGCUCUAUUGUCGCUAGAAGAUCAGCAGCGACUGAUGCAGCAGCUGAACUCAUGAGUGCGGCUAAGUUUGUAGGAGCAGGAGCUGCCACUGUUGGUGCUGGUGGGAGUGGGGCCGGUAUUGGGUCAGUCUUUGGUAGCUUUAUGAUUGCGUAUUCUCGGAACCCGUCACUAAAGAACCAGCUCUUCACCUAUUGUAUCCUAGGGUUUGCCUUGUCAGAGGCCAUGGGUCUAUUCUGUCUUAUGAUGGCCUUCAUGAUUCUCUUUGCUCUUUAGAAAGAGGAGGCAACAAAGUGAUGCUGUUUAGUAGAAAAACUUAUUAUUAAUACAUUGCACGAACACUGUGUUUAGGUUAUUAUAAUUAUUAUAAUUAGUAGUAUUAUUAUUCUAUUGUUAUUAUUAAUAAUUAUUAUUGUAAUCAAGCGUGUUUUGUUGUUUAAAAUAGUGAGGCCCAUCCAGUCAA